AUGGCGAAUAAGUUUGGAUUAGGUUCUUUAUCUUUAGAAACUAAAAAAUCUAACACAACAGCGUGGAUAAAUAAAGCAAAACCCUACUUCCUGGAUCAAAUCGGAGACACUCUUCAAGUAAAUAAAGAACAUUUAAGAGAAAGAAUAAGCGAUGUGAAAAGAUUCUUCAAGCGACAAAUAAAUAAUAAAGAUUAUAUUGAUGAUACUAAACUACAACAAGAAGUAACAAGUUUAAAAAAUUUUAUUCAACAACAAUUAGCCAAUGUAGUAGAUAAAACUCAGUUACAAACUUUAGAUGAUAAGAUUGCAAAACAAAAAAUAGAUCUUAAACAACUAAUAGCCAAUAUUAAUCCAGGUAUAAGUGAAGACAAAUUAACUGCAUUAGAAAGUAAACUUAGUGAUGAUAGUGAAAUACAAAAACAAAUAGUCGCUAUUCAACAACAAUUAAUCAAUGUAGUAGAUAAAACUCAGUUACAAACUUUAAAUUCAUUAAUAUCUAAUUUAGAUGAUAAGAUUACAAAGCAAAAAAUAGAACUAAUAGAUAAUAUUAAUCCAGGAAAACUUACAAUUGAAAUAACAUUUCCUAUACAGGUAAAAGUUGAUUCAUUAUUCUUCAGACAAGGUUAUCUUUUAUCUAAUAAAAAAUUUAACGCUAAAAAAGUUCUUCAGUUUAUCAAUGGUACAAAAAAUGUAGAAAAUAAAGAAUUAGAAAUUAACGACGAAAACACCAAGGUUAGUCAGCUUGAUUACUUACAUGAAAUUAAAUCGAGUGGAAAAUAUAUAGAUAGGUUUAGAAUGUUAAUAAUACCAGAUAAUGAAGAAGAUGAAUUUUUAUUGAGUGAUUUUGAUAUGUUAUUUGAGACUGAAACUCCACCAUCAAUGAAUAUUAUUAGAAAUCCAGAACCACAAAAAAAAGAUGUAGGCGGUUAUGAGUUUUUACAAGCAACAGACUUUGAAUACGUAAAACUAUAUUUUGUUGAUAAUGAUAUAUUUACCUUAGUCGAUAUUCAUAAAAGUCAACAAAAUCAAAGAGAUGGUGUAUAUGUUAAUAUAUCAAUCUAUAUUGAAAAACCAAAAUUUUCAGUUCAUCUGAAUAAGAUUAAUGAUUCGAAAGAACAAAUAUCAUUAGUAACUGUAAAUGUUAAUAGUAAAUUAGCUUUAUCAGAAAUUCACUUAAUUUAA